AUGGGUGUGCAGAUAUUGCGCGCACUAACGUGGAACGACUCGACGUCGUCGCUGCGCGCGUGCGCACUGGCACUGCCUGCGCUGCGCGCCGCGCUGGAUGCGGGCCGCGUGGGCGCGGCGGAGGCGAGUGGUGCGCUGGCCGCUGUGCUGCAAGCGCUGCGCACGCACGGACAGCACGACGGCAACCAGGCCGCGCUGCUGGCGCUCGCCGUGCAGGGCGCGCUGGCCGCCGUGCUGCAAGCGCUGCGCACGCACGGACAGCACGACGGCAACCAGGCCGUGCUGCUGGCGCUCGCCGUGCAGGUGCGUGUGUGUGUGGUGUGUGCGCGUGCGUGUGUGUGUGUGCAAGUGGCGCGCUGGCUGCCGUGCUGCAAGCGCUGCGCACGCACGGACAGCACGACGGCAACCAGGCCGUGCUGCUGGCGCUCGCCGUGCAGGUGCGUGUGUGUGUGUGCACGCGCUGCCGCGCCGCCGUGCUGCAAGCGCUGCGCACGCACGGACAGCACGACGGCAACCAGGCCGUGCUGCUGGCGCUCGCCGUGCAGGUACGUGUGUGUGUGGUGUGUGUGUGUGUGUGCAAGUGGCGCGCUGGCCGCCGUGCUGCAAGCGCUGCGCACGCACGGACAGCACGACGGCAACCAGGCCGUGCUGCUGGCGCUCGCCGUGCAGGUGCGUGUGUGUGUGGUGUGUGUGUGCAAGGGCGCGCUGGCCGCCGUGCUGCAAGCGCUGCGCACGCACGGACAGCACGACGACAACCAGGCCGCGCUGCUGGCGCUCGCCGUGCAGGUGCGUGUGUGUGUGGUGUGUGUGUGUGUGUGUGUGUGUGUGCACGCGCUGGCUGCCGUGCUGCAAGCGCUACGCACGCACGGACAGCACGACGGCAACCAGGCCGUGCUGCUGGCGCUCGCCGUGCAGCACGACGGCAACCAGGCCGUGCUGCUGGCGCUCGCCGUGCAGGUGCGUGUGUGUGUGGUGUGUGUGCACGCGUGCGGCCGCUGUGUGCGGCGGAGGCAAGUGCGCGCGCUGGCCGCCGUGCUGCAAGCGCUGCGCACGCACGGCCAGCACGACGGCAACCAGGCCGCGCUGCUGGCGCUCGCCGUGCAGGUGCGUGUGUGUGUGUGUGCACGCGCUGUGUGUGUGUGCAGUGGCGCGCUGGCCGCCGUGCUGCAAGCGCUGCGCACGCACGGCCAGCACGACGGCAACCAGGCCGCGCUGCUGGCGCUCGCCGUGCGGGUGCGUGUGUGUGGUGUGUGUGCACGCGCUGCACGCGGGCCGCGUGGGUGCGGCGGAGGCAAGUGGCGCGCUGGCCGCCGUGCUGCAAGCGCUGCGCACGCACGGACAGCACGACGGCAACCAGGCCGUGCUGCUGGCGCUCGCCGUGCAGGUACGUGUGUGGUGUGUGUGCACGCGCUGCACGCGGGCCGCGUGGGUGCGGCGGAGGCAAGUGGCGCGCUGGCCGCCGUGCUGCAAGCGCUGCGCACGCACGGACAGCACGACGGCAACCAGGCCGCGCUGCUGGCGCUCGCCGUGCAGACGUACGAGACGCUGCGACCACAGUUCCCGGGCGUGGCGAACGUGCUGCGCGCCAUCCCCGGCGUGGACGCGCACGACCUGCGCCGCCUUGACGACAAGCUGGCCGCCGCGCACCCGCGCCCCGCCAAAAUCGACAAGGCCAAACGCGACCUGUUCAAGAAGAUCGCCUCUAGGCUAAUUGGACGCAACGUGGGGCAGCUCUUCAAGAAGGAAGUAUACAUUUUGGACUUGCCUACAAUGCACGUCCCUAAAGAGAAAGCUCGAAACGCACUCGACGGGCCCGAGGGCGCCGCACUCGAGGGACUGUUCGCGCAUCAAGCGCCCACGUAG